UUUAGUCGCUAUUUCAACUUUGAAGUGAACGCACGUCAUUUUUGUCGCGCGCGUUGUUACAAUCCCCUCUUUGUGAAGGAGCCAAACAAAACCCGAAACUGAAAACUGAGCCAAUCGAAUAGCACGCACACUUUCAAAUUUUGUGCAUGUGUGUGUGUGCGUGAGCGAGCGGUCACUAAAAGUAAUAUCGUGUUUACAAAAAAGUAGGAAAUGCCCCGUAAUACUCUCAAAUAAAAACGAACGAGUGCAAGUGUGGCAGCAAUAAUAACAGAAACGUAUUCAAUGAAAAUGUGAGCAAGUGCAGGUCGUGGAAAUGAAAAAUCUUUGAGCCCCCGCUCGAAAUGCCGCAUUUGUUGCGUGCCGAAAACAUUUGUCAGGCAUUUGUUGUUAUUGCUGGGAAAACUGAGAAAACUGUUGCGGUUGCGGUUAAUUAAAGCGCGAAAAGUGGAACAGAAGGGAGGCAGCAGUAUAGGGGGAGCCCCAAAACAACAACUUAAUGUCCAAAUGAAAUAAGUGAAAAUUUCACACCGAAAUUAAUAAAGACAUUAGUGCGUGUGGGCGUGGCUCAUUUGGGGCAUUUAACGGAGGCCAAGAUGUGUGCGGAGGAUCCCUUCACCCAGCACCAGCUGCCGCACCACCAUAAAACCGAGCACCACCAAUGCCACCAACAGCUGCGAAUGAAUAUGGAGCAACAGGACGGAACUCCAGGAGCGAGAAAAUCGGCCACAGGAAGGACGGCGGCCACGAGUUUGCAGAUCUGGUAUAUCCUACAUGUGAUACUAGUCCUAAUCGACAUUAGCAGCUCGCUGACAAUGACCGAGGUGAAGAUACCCAAUCACAUAAUGCGCCUGAAGAGCGCCACUCUGGGCUGCCGUUACGCCCUCGACGGGGAGUCCUUGUACUCGGUGAAGUGGUAUAAGGACGGGCACGAGAUCUACCGCUAUGUGCCACGCGAUAAGCCCCCCGGACAGUCCUUCCCCCUGCCCGGAGUCAACAUCGAUCUGCGUAACUCCUCGGACACCCAGAUUCUCCUGCGCCGCGUUACCCUGCAGAGUUCCGGACUUUAUCGGUGCGAGGUGUCCGGCGAGGCGCCCGCAUUCAACACCGUAUCCGAGUCGGAGACCAUGACCGUUGUGGUGACCCCCAACCACGGACCGAAAAUAACAGGUGGCCAGCCGCGCUACCAAAUUGGAGACAUCGUCCGGGUUAACUGCACCUCGUCGCCGUCCAAGCCCGUCUGUCACCUUAGUUGGCUAAUAAAUGGGGAACCGGUGCAGAAGACGCACCUUCGGCAGUACGACAAGGUGGUGGUGAAUCGAGAUGGGUUGGAGAUGGCUCGCUUGGGACUGGAGUUCCGGGUGCGGUCCUUCCACUUUAAGCACGGUGACAUGAAGUUGAAGUGCGUGGCCAAGAUCAGCUCACUGUAUCUGCAGAGCAACGAGGAGAGUGUGGAAAGCGAUCGCCAGCAUCGCGCCCCGGCAUUGGAAUCUCGGGAGACGGUAGCAGCCAAGUCCAGCACGAUUGCUGCCGCCUGUUCAAAACUGCCAUCAAGCCUGAUUGUAUCACUGCCUCCUGUCAUCCUGCUGCUUCUGUUUCAAAAUUGGAACUGGCCAAGAAAUAGUUAACUCUUUUAAAAUUAUGAUCGC